AUGGUGGAAGACAAUUUGACCAAGAGGUGGGAAAGACUCCAUCUGUCAAAGGAAGAAACAUCUGUGUUUCAAAUAAAAACAAAGGGAGCGAAGGAAGGAAACAUACAGGGGAAGCUUUGCAUCAUCAGCAAGGUGCUAUCGGAAAAGGGAGUCAACAAUGAAGCUUUUAGGGUGACAAUGUCUCAAAUCUGGAGGCUACAAGGGUGGGUACGUUUCAAAGACCUUAAUGAACAAUGUUUCCUAAUAGAGUUUCAACAAAUACAGGAUAAAGAAAGAGUCCUAAGCAGUAGACCCUGGUUCUUUGAUAGGAACCUAAUAACAAUACAAGAAGUAGAUGAGAAUGUAUCUCUGAAUGUGUUGAAAUUUCAGUACGAGCCAUUUUGGGUGCAAUGCCAUAACCUACCACUGGCUGCAAUGACUGAAGAGGUAGGAGAGGACUUUGGCUCGUCCCUGGGACACGUGAUAAGGGUGGAUGCAGACUCUAAUGGUUCUGCUUGGGGUAGAACAUCCUCAAGACCAAGGUUUGAUCAUCACCAAGAUGAACAACCACCAAUGCAGUUUGGGGCUUGGUUACGAGCUCAACCAAUGAAUACCAACCUGUUUGAUUUUAGAAAAUAUGGAGGCAAGCCUGAAUACAACAACCAGAAAGAAGAACAACCUGAAGAGAGGUUUAGGCAAAAUGAAACAAUCCAUGGCAAGUAUAAGAUGGUGGAAACUGAGAAGGGUACUGAGGAGAAUUCAUUGAGAGAGGGGAAAACCUAUGAACAUAGCAAAAAGACAGUGAAUCUAACACCCAAACCUUCGGAUUCAGUAGAGGAGUGGUUCAUUCCUGUACAACUCAAACUCAACACCCAACUGGGAAAGAGGUUCUUACAGAACCUUUCUCUCAAAUGGACUUAG